GGAUGAUGCCAGAUUGUUUACAACGAUAUCAAUAUGGCUACAUUACCGUACCUGCAGGAGAUGGCUUCGGCAAUAUCCGGAAAUGCGCAGGUCCACUUCUGAGGCUCUAGCAGAGUAUGCCAGGUUCCAAUCUGAUUUGGUAUGAGCAUGAUAGUGUUUUUAUUGAUGGUAAAAAUGCCACUAACUGCAGUGAUGGAAUACAGUGGAUAUGGAAGGUGAUGCAGGACUGUGUUUACAAUACCCACGGGGAAGUCUCGACCAUACUGGGCUUAUUGUCUAUCGUUACCUGGAUGUGUGUUGGUAUACCUCAGAUGAUUCAGAAUUGUCGUAACCUCAAGGGAAUGGUGGGGAUCUCCUUCUGGCUGAUGAUGCAGUGGUUUCUGGGCGAUGCAACCAAUCUGAUUGGCUCAGUUCUCAGCGGUCAACUCAGAGUGCAGAUUUAUACUGCUGUCUGGUUCAUUUUAGCAGAUAUUAUACUGCUAAUGCAAUACACAGCAUAUCAGUGUCAAAAGCGAAAGAAUGCUAACGUUACUCCUGAUCUUCCUAACAGAGCCGUCCUCUGCUUGUCGGGCUUGUUUCUAGUCAGUGGUUUGGGUUAUCACCUUGAUUUCCUCUCUCCAUGGUUCAGACGUCCAGGUACCAGUCUUCCCAUGAUGCAUCACCCUGCAGGCAGGAGGCUGAUGGCUACUAACGUGCAGAUGCAUAUCUUUUUGAAUAACGUAGACAUCACCGGUUAUACUGUGGGGGUCGUCUCUUCGAUGUUUUACUUCGGCUCCCGGCUAGCUCAAAUAUAUAGAAAUUACAAAUUCAAGUCUACGGAAGGCUUGUCUAAGAUCAUGUUCUGGUUAGCAGUUCUAGGAAACAUCCUGUAUGGUUCAGCAAUCAUCGUCCAAUCCCUCAAUGGAAUAUUUAUCAUCAGGCAUUUACCAUGGAUUGCUGGAAGCCUUGGGGUUGUCUUCUUAGAUAUUACACUUUUGUUUCAGUUUCGAUACUAUGAACAAAGAAAUUUCGACUCCUUGGCAAGAGUUCCUCUACUGAGAGAUCAAGAAAUAAUAAUCUACGAUCCUGAUGUUUCUUACUCCGUGAACGCAUGACCUGUGUCUUAUAAUCCUCAUUUUUUACAUUCCACAGACAUUGAUAUUUAAACCUGCAAUCUCAACUAUUUUUAACAAUGCUAAAUACAAGCACAACUUAUGUCAGUUUUCUCCAUAAUUGAGACCAGCAAUGCACUUAAAGGAUAUAGAAAAAUGAUGUCAUAAUGAAAAUAAUGAGAUUGAUCUAUUUUAAAAGGUUAAAUAUUGGAAACCAGAAAAUGUUAGUGAGCAUAAGCUAUUAGAGAAUUUAGUGAAGCCAAACAAAACACUAUUAUUUCAUGAUGCUAAAUUUAAAGGCAUACUGUCAUAGAUUUAAGGACCAUAUUUCUCUAAAAAUUAAUAAUAAAUAAAAAUUACAUUAAUUGUUCGAAACCAAAUCUAGCUAU